AUGUCCGAUCUAUCUAUCUAUCUAUCUAUCUAUCUAUCUAAUUAUGUCAGUCUGUUCAUUAUCUAUCUAUCUAUCUAUCUAUCUAUCUAUCUAUCUAUCUAUCUAAUUAUGUCAGUCUGUUCAUUAUCUAUCUAUCUAUCUAUCUAUCUAUCUAUCUAUCUAUCUAUCUUAAACUGGAGGACUGCGUAUAUCCAUAAUCUCAUUCUUUCUUUCUUUCUUUCUUUCUUAAAGUGUCCAUUAUCUGUAAACGUCUUCUCAUGGCCAUCUAAUCUCUCUCUUUCUCUCUCUUCUUAUCUCUCUCUGUCUCUCUCUUUCUCUACUUAUCUGAAAACUUUAUCUAUCUAUCUAACUAUCACUAUUCACAUAAAGUUAGAUGUGAAGAGAUUUACAUGUGAAUAUUCACAGAUAGAUCGAUUCACAUGUAAAUGUGUACACGUCUAUCUAUCUAUCUAUCUAUCUAUCUAUCUAUCUAUCUAUCUAUCUAUCUAUCUAUCUAUUCCAGUCUUAUUUCACAUCUAUCUAUCUAUCUAUCUAUGA